AUGAGUGACACGGAAUCGACCGCUCACGACCACGACAUGGGUUCACGUAUGACAAACAAUCCAGCGUCGACAGGCCAGGAUAUUGGAACAACUGCUGCCGCUACACAACCCACUGUGCCACCCACUAAUCUACACUUCAUCAGAGCGAGGUAA